AUGAAAUUUCUUCGAAUUUUCUACUACAUUCAUCUCAUUUUGUCAGUGCAGAAUAGCAAAAUUUUCGCAUAUCGCUUGGAAACGCCUCAUCAAGGAAAAAUUGUGAAUGGAACUGAAGUUGAUAUCGCAAAUUUUCCGUAUCAAGUAUCACUUCAAGCUCCAAAUCACUUUUGUGGCGGAAGUAUUAUCAGUAGUAAUUUCGUUUUAACGGCAGCUCAUUGUGCCGUAAUUUCCUUAAUGGUUGAAGAUCUCUUCAUUCGUUCCGGAACUUCUAACUGGAAUGUCGAUGGACUUCUUUCUCGCGUUAAACUCAUCAUCCAACAUCCUUUUUAUAACCCUAAAAAUUUGGACUACGAUUUCGCGCUAAUUGAGUUGGAAGUCCCUCUAACGUUCAAUGACGUAACUAAGCCGAUCUCGCUCGUCAACGAAGAUUACCAGAUCUUUGCGAUGACGAUGGUAACUGUUUCGGGCUUUGGCGAAACUUUAAAUAUCUUGCAGAGUGACACACAUUUAAGAGCUGUUUCAUUGCCGAUUGUGGCAAAAAUAAAAUGUAAUAUGACCUACGCAUUUUUGGGCGGAAUUACUGAUCGCAUGAUCUGUGCUGGAUACCAAAAUGGCGGCAAAGAUUCGUGUUUUGGCGAUUCUGGAGGUCCAUUGGUUGAUCCAAAUGGACUUUUAAUUGGAGUUGUUUCAUGGGGAUUUGAGUCCUGUGCUUCGCCACACUUUCCGGGAGUUUAUGGAAGAGUUUCUGCUGUCCGAGAUUGGAUACGGGAAUUAGCAAAAGUCUAA